CUGAACACAACUGAAUGACUAAAACUUUGAAAAUGUUAAUGUACCGGAAUCCCCAGGUCCACCGCCACCUUUGUUAGAAAUGCAUGGGGACAGAGAUGCCAGCAGAGUAUAUCUGGGCACAGAGGGUGUGUGUGGUCAUUGCAGAGAUGCACAGCUGGUGGCUGCAUCUGCACAACUGAGACAUUCUGGAUCUUGUUGACACUCAGCCAGAGGAAGAUGCCUGGGUAAGCAGGGGAGAAGGACCCUGCCCAUCUCCCCGUCCUCAGGAUGAAUGUCUGAGAAAGCAUGAUGUCACUAGUUGACAGAAGAAGGAACUGGAAGCUCAGAGAGGAUCAUUGUGAGAAGUAAAAGGAAGUGAAUUCAUACCAAGCAAUUGGGAAGGUGCCUGGUGCAAAGUGGGAAAUCAUCAACCACAAUCGCUAAUAAGUAGUCUGCUGUGCACCCAGCUGGGAUCCUUGGAUUCCUUUCCCACUGGGUUGAUGUUCCUGAUUCCUGGAUCCCACGUCUAUCUCCCUCAUGGGAAGUAGAGCAUAGUCAUCCAAAAUGUGUGAUUUGCAUCAGAAAGACUCGGGUUCCAGUCCAGACUCUGGCACCAGCGCGAAAACUUGGACUGAGCUAAGUUUAAAUGGCUGUCUCCUGUCUGAUUACCUUCUUCUUGGCCCCAACAGGAGAGCAGGAUUCUGACUUGGCUUGGAAGGAGCUGUAGGAGGGUUGAGGUCAUACCUCCUUCCAGCCUGACACAGACAAGGAGCUGAGGGAGGCCUCUGAGAGCCCCUGCUUCCACCAUGAGCUCAGAAAACUUCGGAAACUGCUCAGAUAUUGAGAUUUUUUUUGAGGAGGUUGUUGAAUGUCUCUGGGACAUACUGAGCAGAAAGGAACUGCUCCUCCUGCUGAAUAUAUUCCUGGAGAGAAUUAAGACUGAGGCCGGUUUGUCCAGGGAAGAGGCAGAGGAACUACACAAAUACGUGGACGAAUUAAAAAGAGCCUUGGUUGAGGAGGACCAAGAAAGAGUCCCCAAAGAGCAGCUGGACAGGAGGAGGUUUCUGAUUAAGUUUCCUCGGGUGAAACGGCAGCUGGAGGAGUUCGUAGGCAAGUUCCACAAGCUCGCAGACGAGGUUGACAAGGUGCAUAAGGGAUGUACCAUCUCCAACCUGAUGGCCCACAGCACCGGUGCUGUGUCUAGUAUUCUGACCAUUGUUGGCCUGGCUCUGGCACCCGUGACAGCGGGGGCCAGUGUGGCGCUCUUGGCCACUGGGAUAGGGCUGGGAGCAGCAGCGGCUGUGACCCAAGUGUCCACCACUAUCAUCAAACAUGUGAAGAGGUCAUCAGCAGAAACCGAAGCCAGUCACAUGAUGUCAAGUGUCGUCAAGAAAUGGAAGGUUCUCCUAGAGGUACUCAAGAGCAACCCCCACAUUAUUGACACAACAGAGAAAGUCACAGAAGCUGUGCAAUGCAUUGAAAUGAACAUCUAUGCCAUGGAGACAGGCAAAGCCAACCCUGGCUCUGCAGCCAAUGCAAACAUCUACAUGAGACCUGGGAGGAUCUCAGGCCCAGCCAUUCAGCAGAUAGAGGGAGGUUUCAGAGCGACAGCUUUAACAAUUACCAAAGGAGUCCAGAUCGCGGGCUUGGCCACUGCAGGGAUUUUCCUUCUGGUGGAUGUGGGCUUGCUGGUGAAGGAGUCAAAGCACUUGCACGAUGGUGCCAAGACAGUAGCAGCUGAAAGCCUUAGGCAGCGGACAUGGGAGUUGGAGAGGAAGUUGGAGGAGCUCACCCAGAUCUAUGAGAAUCUGCAGGAGGACCUGAUUUAGCCACCCCCAGAGCAGUGCAGGGUCCAGGGACACGUGAGGGGCUAAAGUGCAGAGGUACCUUGUUAGAGGGAAAGACAGGGAGACCACAUUAAUGAAGCUGGGUGUUAGGAAUUUGGCAUUUCUGUGGUUGAGCAAAGCAGUGCAUGGAUAGAUGUAGGUGAUGGAUGAGGAGAGAGAAGGAAGGGGCUUGGAGCCUGCAUUAAGGGAGGAGGGGGCACGAGAGAAUGAGAGGCGGGGAGAAACCACUUUUUUUUCAUACUAAGAACAUUUUAUUUUGUGUUGGAGUAUAGCCGAUUAACAGUGUUGUGAUAGUUUCAGGUGAACUGCAAAGCGACUCAGCCAUACACACACAUGCAUCCAUUUUCCCCCAAACUCCCCUCCCGUCAGAAACCACUUCCUUUGGACUAAAGAUGACCCUGGAGGCAGAAUAAAGGGAGAGGCAGGUGAACUAGCAAUGAGAGGCCAGGUAUAGGAACGGGUUGACAACGGGAGAAAGUCAGAGAGUUAGGAUUGUUGGGAUCCAGAAGGAGCAACCGAAGGAUCUCCUCUAUCGCCCUCCAGAGGCUGUGAUGUCCCAGCAAGAAGAGUCUUCUGCUGGUGAUCUCUAGGCCUCUCCUCCAACAUCAACUCACCUGUGGCCCUAGCUGAUGUAUCUUACUAAGGCAGUGACUUCUUUGGUUUGUUUGCUUUAUUGAAGGAUAAUUGAUUUACAAUAUUCUGUUGAUUUCAGGUAUACAGCAAAGUGAUUCAAUCAUACAGGUAUCUAUGUAUUUAUCUGGGCUUCCCAGGUGGUAAAGAAUGUGUCUGCUAAGAAGUCUACUCACAUCUUGAUCAUUGAAAAGGAAGUGGACCCCUCUCCUUUAUCUCUUCCCUUGUCUGUAAGCUCCAGGCCCUGGCCAUGCAAUUGUUUUCAUCCUCUCCUAGUCCAGUUAGUGAACCACGUCUCCACAUAACCAUGGCCUCCGCUCUGCUGACUUUUUUUGCUCCUUGCCUUGGGAGUAAGUGAAAGGCCAGGGCAUGGAUGUGGAAACCUGUCACUUGCCAGGUCACAAAUAGGAGUCAUCACUACCCUUACUGUCCAAAACCCUGAGCUGUAUUCUGUCCUCACUCUAAAAUCGUCCCGUCCUAGAGCUGAUGGCCAAGCAGCAACCUGCAGGUGUGGGUGCCACAGGUACCUCUGGGAGGAGCACAGGGGGAUGGUCAAGCCAGCUUGGACCACCAUCUAGAAGGAAGAAGCCUAAGGAUGAGAGGGAGGUUGUAGUUUAAGUUCUUGCCUCCUAGGCACAUGAAGACCAAUGUGGGAGAGAGCAAAGCACUUCUCAGAUGAGGGUUGUUAACAAAAUUGGCACAAAUGAUCAUAUUCAAGUUGAAUAAAGCUUUUAAUAAAACAGUCUUGUUCUUUAUAAAAAAAAAAAAAAAAAGAAUGUGUCUGCUAAGCAAGAGACACAGGUUUGAUUCCUGGCUAGGGAAGAUUCCCUGGAGGAGGAAAUAACACCCCACUCCAACAUUCUUGUCUGGGAAAUCCAUAGACAGUGGAGCCUGGCAUGCUACAGUCCAUGGGGUUGCAGAGAGUCAGACACGACAGAACAUCUCAGCAUGUGUAUAUCUAUAUUCUUUUUUAUCCGUUUCUAUUAUAGUUCAUUACAAGAUAUUGAAUACUGUUCCUAUGCUACUACAGUAGCAGGCCUUUGUUUAUCUGGUGUGUAUCUGUUAACCCCAUCUCCUAAUUUAUCUAUCCCCCCCAAACUUUGGUAAAUGUUCAUUUUCUAUGUGUAUGAGUCUUUUUCUAUUCUGUAAAUAUGCUCAUUUAUAUUAUUUUAUGGAUUCUACAUAUAAGUUAAUAUCACAUAUUUGUCUUUGUCUGACUUACUUCACUCAGUAUAGUAAUCUCUAGAUCCACACAUA